GUGCGGCGUGCGUGGCAAGACUUUUAAUGACCACUGACAAUUAAUCAAAGUGAAAUUAGAACCAGAACUGUGCUGCAAAUUUUCAGUAGGUUGUCGUCUUGUGUCGACGCCCUCUAUCAAAUAUAAAAAUAUGUUACCUUGUUUGGUCAAGUUUUUAACAAAUUCAAAAGAAGCAUGAAUACAUCCACACUCCCCACAUGGCAUGCAGUUUUCUAUAUAUUUCAAAAUUUAUCAGCCACAUUGGUAAAGAAAUAUGUCCUUGCUUGAGAGUUUCUAUACGGUGAAGAUAUGAUACUGACUAAAGUUGUGAGUGAAAGUCAGAAGAGCGCGAUUUUCGAACUUUGCGUUCGAAAUUUAGGCAAUAUUUAAAUUCUUUUGCUCCAAUAGUUACCGAAUUCGUGUUUGCUUUCAUCAUCAGCGUUUUCUUCUCCCAGAAAUUUGAGAUACAUCUCUUUAUUACAUAUUUUAUUUUAAAACGAUGAAGUUUAAUACAAGAUGAAAAAUUACUAGCUCAGCUCAGCUGAAACUGCUCAAACUAAACAUCAACACGAGCUGGAAGAGGUUAUAGUUCUAAAAUGUAUUUUAACUAAUAAAAACAAAAAAAUAGGACCAAUAAGAUGUCAAACAGUAAUACACCACGUGUAGACAUAGCAUCAUCAAAACGACGCCAAGUUGUAGAAUCUCUUCCAAGAAAUACAAACCUUUCAGGCAUACCAUUGAAAAUUAAAGAGUCUGCAAUAGAGCUUAAGAAUUUUGUGAAGCAAUGGAGUAAGCUUCACGUAACUGGAAUUGCGGUUCUCAACAGCAUAAAAACUUUGAAGAUUGACUCUAUGAGAAGUAGUGAAAGAGAACUUUACCCUCAAGGUCUGCAAGAACGAUGUGAUCAACUACAACAUGUUCUAGAUAAAAUGAAUUCUUGCUUUACUAAUCUAGCAGUUUUAGUACAACAGUUGAAAGCCCUUGUCGAACUUGACAAUCUACAAGGUGGCGAUAAGGGUCCCAUUCAUCUUUCAUGGUCCACUGGAAAAUUUGGACAAGCAUAUCAGGAGAUUUAUAAUGCUUAUGCAAAAGAACUGGCUCUGAAAAAUGUUAUAAAGGAAGAGGUUGCCCAUUCUCCAAAAAAAGAAUGCUUAUCUUACUACAUCACCAGCUGGACUCUUCAACCCUUCAUUUCAAAUGAAUGUAAAGUUUUGCUUGAAACUAUCUUUUACGAAACAGAUCUAAGAUAGAAAAUUA